UUUUAUCAAGGGAGUUCUUUCCUUUUAUAGAUAUAUAUUUAUACUGUUAUUGAGAAAAACCUUGUGCAGUGAUUGAAAGACGUGUGAAAACUUUGUUGUGUCACACUGUGAAUAUGAAGAAAUUUUUCUUGCUGCUAAUCUGCGUUCAGUUCACACUAACUGUUAUUGGCAAACAUUUAUACAGGGAUAGCAGUUUUCUGAAUCACGCGCAAUUGGUGUUUCAAUUUCAAUGCUCCUUGCCCCAAUUGAGGGCCGUUCGGGUGAAGGACCUCCUAACCGCGGGUCUAGGACCUGAUGAAGUCUUCUAUCCAGCAUCCACAGUUCUAGCUCGAUGCUCAGGAGCAGGAUGUUGUCCCGACCCCAAGCAAGUCUGCGCUCCGAUCGAGAUCAAAAACGUCAGCCUCGUCUUCAUGAUCAGGCACCUGAUUGAUCAACAACGAGAUCGUCAUCACGAGGUCAUCCAUGCUGUGGAGCACAUCAAGUGCGCCUGCAUGGAUGAGAUUCUGGCCACGAAGAAUGACAAGCUUUGAACAAGGACAACAGCUUCGAAGAGAAAAAUAUUCUUCUUAAAUACACGAUUAA